CGACUACCUGAUGGUCGACGAUACCCAGCGCAACACUCUCUCCAUGGAUAGGUUCAUCCGCGGCUAUAUCGCGACCUACUCCCCGGGCACGCUCUUCACCAACGUGUUCCCUUUCGCCCUCGCGCGCAGAGCCGACGUGAACCCGGCUCAAUAUGCGCUUGUGACCACCACAGGGCCCGACUUGCCCGCGGUGCGCUACAUCGCCACGCUCAACGACUCGUCGUCAGUCGGGGCAGCGUCCUACUCGGAAGAGGACAGACCGCUCUUGUGGAUUGAGCCAGACGUGGAGGCCACACGUUCGCAGGUGCCCGGGAGCACGCUCGACGUGUUGCUGAACGAAGAAAACCCGCCGUUCCGGUUGACGGGCAGGACGAGGCGGAAUGGGCGAGACGACGUGAUCAGAGAGGUGGAGCUGAUCCUAAACGAGGAUAUGCUCCUGAGGGUGUGCUGCUAUUGCGGUAGUCUCGAGAACGGGUACUGGCCGCUCUCGGAUCGAAUGGAGAAAUAUCGAGGGGAUGGGUACCUUUCGCGGUACUGGUGUUACGAGUGCGCGAGGAAGACGGUUGUAGGCCGCGCACUGGCUACACUUGCACGCAAACAUUCCGUGUUCAAUCGUCGCGAAGAAAACGAUUAACGCGUU